CACCAUCAUAUGUGGGGAAAUUUGGCGCAAUUUUGGCAGUUGUUCAGAAUUUCAGAAUCGUUCAGAAUACAUUAAUAUAAAAAUUUUAUAGGAAAUUCUGUGUUUAUUCUCAGAUUUAUAGUUUCGACAGAAAUACGUGUGCAAUAAGUGGUGGAAUCGGCGAUAUUUCAGGUUUCAUGAAGCACUGAAACACUGCAGUGGGUACGCCGACAGGAUGGUGCGUGUGAUAUCAGUGCACCACUUCGUGAGCCAGGACAUCCACACUUGUGAGGACCCUGUUUCUGCAACUACUGCUUCACCUGAUUACUUGCUGUUGGCCUUACCCCAGCACCAGGUGGAGAUUCGAGAUCUGUCAAAGGGAGGGGAUGUUACCCUCAGGUUUCCUACAGUUGAUCAGGCACGCCAGGUGCUUCACUGUUGCCGUGGCAAUUAUGUUGCAACACUGGAGGUGAAGCAGAGUCGUCAAGGAAAGGAGUGUAGUUAUGUUCGUGUCUAUGCCAACUGGGGUGUCCCAAGUAUGGUACAACAGCCAAUGAGAGCCAGAAUUGCAGGCCGUGUUACCCCAAGCAGUACGCAGUCAGGACCUGCCAGUCUCGAGAUGAUAGAACUUCCUCUCAAGAUGACACCCAAUGUUAUAGCUUGUUGCCAGACAACAGGCAACUUAUUGGUGGCAUCCCACAAGACAUUGACGCUGUACCAUUUUCGUGUCUGCACGCGUGAUGUUUCGCGCCUCCAGUUCAUAGACUUUGAGGAUUCUGGUGUUUAUGUGGAGUUGAGCUUCAGCCCGUCCAGUCUGUCUUUAGCUGAGGAUAUCAUUGCUUGCAUGGCUGAGGAGUCUGUGCAUGUGUUCAGGCUUGGGCCAGGGACAGAGACUGAAGAUGGGAGGCAAGGGUCCCAAGAUCAUCGCAAUCAUGAUACCAAUUCAAAUUCUCACGUUGACUGGGAUGGGAUCCUGAGAGGUGAACUUGAUGCACGCUCCAAGUUGCAUCAGAAUUCAUUCCCACUUCGAGUGGAUCUUCCUAGCAUUGUAGCAGAGAAAGCAGCCAGCUGUCCCAGUAGCCCAUCUGGAGUUGUACAUCGACAGUCGCCAUUCCAGGCAGCUGCAUUGAACAUGACAGCCAUGGUCCAUUGUGCUUCACCAAGUGCCACACCUUGGGCUGCGAGGAGUGAAGUUCUGCACCUGCUGCAGCUUCAGAUGUCUGUGCCACAAGCAAGCAGUGGCACCACCAGGCAGAUGUGCUCUGGCUCUGAUGAGUUCCGUUGCCUCAUUUUGAAGCCUUUGUAUAUGAAGACAGAGGAAACACAACCUUGUGAUAGAAAAGGGGAUGCUGUGCACUCAAAGCAUUAUGGAGACAUGGUGAGCAUCAUCUGUCUAGUUGUGACCCAGCAGGAGGGCUACUUGUAUCAGUUCAUGAUGCAGAACUUGCAAGAGCCUUCCGCUGCACAGCAGGCGGCUUGUGUGACUGUAUAUCCAUUUACUGCACCAGUGAUAGCAGUUGUUGUGGAAAGGUUCGUCCUGCAUGCCCUUACAGAAACUGGCCUGGAAACCUACACCCUUAGGACUGGCCAUCGGUUUGUAGCAGCUCUGGGUCCAGCCAACAACUUGACCAGUGCAUGCCCUCCUGUGGAUGAUCCCGUGUGCCUGGUCGGCUUGCGCCCGUUCCUGGGAGUGGAACAUUUGCUAAUGACUGACUUUCACCUGGUGUUACUCGCCUGUUCUGAAGGGUCCAGCUCGUCUAGCCAAGACUCGCACUGUGGCGGAGGAUGGACAUUGUACUCACUCACUGUACCAUCUCCUGCUGCACUGUACAGUGACAUGCUCAGUGUUGGUUCAGCACAUCGCUGGUCAAGUCCUGCAACAUACCGCCAUCUUCUUUGCGAAGGACAUGUCAUCCUGCGCAUGGCCCUCAACACUGCCACCUGGCAGCCAGGCUCAUCUGAAGCAUUAACCAGCUCUGAUGAGAAGCUCACCAGUGAGAUCAAGGACUUGUACCGGGAUUCCUGUGCGCUGCUGGCAGACUACUACAUAAUGAGCGAUGAGGAGGCAGACUGGGAGUUGACUGCUCCGUACUACACGAUGGCAGGUCUGGCACCAGUGGAAGUUGUGAACAGAGUGAAGGAGAUGGCAGUCCCACCUGACGUAGCAGCCAGGGGGAAGCAUAGGGGACUUAUGUCAUACCUGAACACAAGCUUACUGCAGCAGAACCAUGCCCCAGGCAAUGUGGCGUUCGGCCCAGCUGUUCACAGCUUUGCUCACACCCUGCUGGAUCUCUUUGAGGAGCAUGACCCUGGGCAGGUGUCCACACUUGUUCUGCAUUCUGCCCUGCUUCGAGAGUGUGCCACCGACAGAGUGCUCGCCAUCAUGAAGAAGCAACUUAGCACCAGGGCUGUUCCGGCUGCUUCGGAUGCCUUGGCGCUAGUGCUGCUCUGUAUUCAGCGCGGUUCUCCAGAGCAAGCUGUUGCAGUUCUGAACUCGCUCUCACACAGCAGUCUCACCAACCUCUUGUCGGAUAAUCCUACGCUCUUACUGGAACAGCAGUAUCCGCCUGUUACUGAGGCAUCACCCGCAGACAUCCAUGCAGUAUAUUCUCCCAUGUGCAGCACGUCAAACUCGAGGGCAGUUUCAAGCAGAAGAGAGAAUGUACCUAGCUUCUCUGAACUAGCAUCUGUUCUCAUGGACUCUAAACCAGCAGUGCUGGCUGAUGUGCUGGCAGGCUUGGUUACAGUGUCGCAGUUUGCAACACUGCAGCAGAUAUUACAGGUUUUUUUGGAAUACAUUCCAUCUCGAAUUGGCAUCGCAGGCUCUGCAGCAAGUCACGUACUUCAACAGUUUAUGGAAAUGUACUUUGUGUGGUACUUCAGUGAUGUCACAGUGUCGUCAUAUGACAUAACGACAGUAGAGGCAUUGAAGAUCCUUGUGAGAUCCUACUUAAGUCACUUGCGGCAACAGAACCCAAAUGCCCAGCAGAACAAGAAGCAUCAGACUGUUAAGGCUGAUGAACCAAGGAGGAAGGUGCUUUUUGAAGAAAAGCGAUUGGCAUUCCUUGGAAAAAUGCCUCCAUACUCUGCUGACCUCUCCAAAAGACUUAUCUCUUUGCAAGAAGGUAUGAGGUCCACACCAGAGAACACAGAACCAGCGAAACAUAGUGAGAACACAAACAGUGACAGUCUCUUCAAACUGCAGUGUCUGCUGUGCUCUGGGAAGCUGCCCCCAGAGUGUCUGAGUGAGGUACGCCAGUUUGUACACACACACCCACAGCUCCAUGGAAACCUGAGCCUCCAGGUUCUCUGUGUGCCCCCCAGAGAGGGCACAAACAUUCUGCUGGACUUCUGCCCCCAUGCUCUCCUCCACUAUGCUCAGGACAGAUUCACCAGUGAGACAGAGUGGAAGAGCUUGGUGUUGCUGCUUCACAGAAAGACACAAACCUUAGGAGAUGAGACUGUGCUGAAGCCUUUGUAUCAACAGGUCACCAGAGACAUACUGACCUAUCUAGCUCAGACAUUAUCAUUAGAGGAGAUGUGCAGAGUGCUGCCACCUGGUUGGGACAAACUGUACCACGGUUAUGUUCAAAUUUGUCAGCAAGUGGGACAUGCUAACCACAUCAGAGCACUCAUUAUGGCUACUGGACAGCAGCUGCUAGGAACACUUAAUCUCUGAGUGAAGUUCUCAGCUCCAGUCUGGCUGAUGUGCACCACAGCACAAGUGGAGUGGUGGUUCCCAUGCAUACCAGUGGUGAACAUGGUGCUGAGGUCAGUUGGUUCAUCUGAGGUACUGAAGUCACAAUAGCAGUUGAGCACAGCUGGGGCCUAGUUGUGCCUGCAGGCCUGCUGCAGUCUGAGGUAACAACAGGGACCAGACCCUUGGUCCAUUGCUGAAGAGAAUUGGUAACAACUGAGGUGUCUUCUGCGUGGACAUUGUCCCAAGGGGCAUUUGAAGGAAUAUGUUGAAACCAUACUCAAAGCUGCGGAUAUGGAUGGUGAACAGAAAAAUGGGGGCUUGUAAGAGGGAAAAGGGAGAAGGUAAUGUUGGUAGCAGUGUCAGUACAGGGACAGGCUAUGGCUUGGGUCCAGUUUCCAACAGGGACAAGAGAUGUUUCUCUGCUUCACAGUGUCCAGACAGGCUUUGCAGCACACCCAGCCUCUGCAGUUGGUACCAGUGGUAAAGCGACUGGGUCUUGAAGCUGGCUACUCACAUAUAGUGCCGAUGCCAAGAAUGGGGAGCUAUACCUCUUCUCCCCCCCUUGCAUCUUCAUUCUAAUUACUGGGAAACUUACAUGGAACAGACAUGUAAGGCAUUGUUAUAAAAGGUUAAUCAGCUCCAUUCUGUGCAUCUGGUAAAAUGUUUUCUUCCUUCUCUCCUUUCUGAUCUUUCAUCCUUGACAUGUUUCGGUCUUAGAGACCAUCUUCAGAAACGUGUCAAAGAUGAAAGACUAAAAAGGAGAACCGAAACAUGUCAAGGAUGAAAGAUCAGAAAGGAGAUAAAUGGAGCUGAUUAACCUUUUGUAAUAUUGCUAAUGUGACGGACCAGGAUGAACCAAAUCGAACUCGUAAGGCAGAUCGUCACGUGUACGCUGUGUAUGUUUAAUGUUGGUGGCGACUGGUGUGUGUCCUGUCCUCUUCAGCCACUGGUGAGGAGCAGGUACAUCAUCUGGAGGCUGACCAGCAUGUCACAUAACGAGUAUUCUCGUUAUUGACAUAAUCACUGCUGCAAAUUUGCCUUUAAAGUCAUUCAUUGUACAGUUUGUAUGGGAAUCAUUGAUUUUUCUUGAAAGUUCUAUGGUUUCUGUUGUUUCCAAGUUUUUCUGUGAUUCUGGUUUGCAUAACCUCUGUGCUUGUGGUAGGGUGACUUUAUUAUGCUGUCAGUCAGCUGUCCUUUUAAGUGAAUCAUACCACCAGUUGGGCCUCUGUUUACUGUGUUUUGAGACUACUGUCAUGUGUUGGAAUGUAUGUCAUAUCUUGCGUGUGACUCCAUGAAGUUUGGUAGUGUUACUUAGACCCUGAGGAUGGUGGCAGUACUUUGCUAUGAAAGGAGGUGCAUCAUUCUAAUAUGCCACGCAACCAUCAGGUCUCUCAGUGUUUCGGUCGUGUGUGCGGUGGAAGGACUGUGUGGUUAUAUGGGUGGUGACACUGCUUGGUCAUGUAGGCAGAUACUGAAGUUUUGGAGGAACAUGGUGCCAUCUUUUCUCACAGUUGCACUUUCUGUGAUGGCCCUAAAAACACCCAUUCCUUGCUCUGUCCUGUGGGUCUGACCAUCUUCGUCACCGCCUGCCCAUACAAACCAACAGGUUCUUCACCCUCCACAUAAUCAACUGUCAGAUGUCAGUAUACUCGUAUGCCUAUAGAAGCACAUAGCGUCACAAUGCAUCGGCAGAUUCUUCAUCACGGCAACAAAGUCAACAUUCUGAAUGUAUUUUGCUGUGAAUGUUUUAAGUUUCUAGUCAUUCAUUUAUUUAUUCUUUACUGAACAUUGUUAUAAUGUUAAAAAAAUGUAAUAGAAGUAAUACAAAACCCUUGAGCUGUCUGUUUGUUCCCCCACCCCCACAUUUACUCUUCUGUGAGAUAUAAAGAUACUUAUACCCCUCAGUGUUAUACCCCUUAUACCCCUCCAUGUGUUCUUGAACAAAAAGAAUUAGUACAAAUAUUUUGUCUCUGAACAUUAUCCAUCAUUCCAUUUUAGUUUAAAAAGCGUUUCAGAGACUGGAUUCUGUCUCCAUCCUCAGGUGAAACCUGUUAAGCUGGCCUGAUCGAUCGGGCUAGUCCAUAUUAAGUUUGACCACAAGACAUGUCCAAACCAUUUAGUAAUCAUGCAAUGUUGCUUCUGUGUGCCUGCAAUGAACAAUGUAAGUUUCAGUACAGAACUUUAUUUUUUGCAGCAGAGUAAUAUUUCAGUUAAACAUCAGCGCUUCUUAUAGGUCUUUAAUUUUUCCAGGCAUCCUGUCCAGUUCUUUCCAAACUAACAGUAAAUCCUUACCUUCUGCACUUCACGAACCAACACACCAGGAGCAUUAUAAUUACAACAGGAAAGGGAAUUACAGUGCUUGGACCUGAACGUAAGUCCAUUUUAAUUUAAUUACCGUAGUAAAC